AUAAAUACGAGCCUCUGCUAUCUCUCUUCUAAAACCCCGUCUCAGAAUUCAUUCACUGAGAACAAACAUCAAACACCAUGAGCUCCUUCAACAACUCCACCAUUGACAACCUCCUCCUUCAGGGCUUCAUGGACAGGCUCAACCUCCGAUCCUCAUCAAUGGACAACAACCCUCUGGUCUCCCAAUCCCUGGAGGAUUUCCUCCUCGACGACGACUUCGACGACGACAACGACGACGACGAGAUCGACUACGAGGCCCGGUACGGUGCCAAAGCGGAGCUCAUCAGAGAAGAAUCCAAGCUCGAGAAGGAAGUCAUCAAGACGAUUCUCAGCGGUAGGGGUGAUACCCUGAAGCCGAAUUCCGGUCAGGCUGUCUCCGUUCGCAAUACCAACAUCUGUGUUGGGAAUCAGAAUGAUGAUAACAAUGAGUAUCGGGUGUGGGAGUGGCAUGGGCAUAUUAUGGUGUAUGAUGAAGAACAUGGGUAUUCGCCGGAGUAUAUUUAUGGGAAUUAUUUUCAGAGAUUGGUGCCCAGAAGGGUUGCUCCUGCGGCGGCGGCGGUUGCUGAUGAAGAUGAUGAUGAUGAUGAAGAAGCUCCUAAGAAGGAGGAGAAUGGGAACCUGGGUUUGAAGGAUUUGAUUGAUAAUGAUAGUAAUAACAAGGAAUCUUCUUCUGCUGGUGGUCGGAUUCUUCAUCGCCACAUCAACGCUGGUUCCUCCGGGUUCUAGACAAGGAUAUUUUCACAAGGAUAUCUUCAUCAAAAUCUCAGGUUUUAAGUGUUGCUAAGCAGAAGUUAUAGUCAGCGUCUCAUUCCCUUUGUUAAGCAAAGAUUGAUUUUCUCUCUUUUUCACAACACCAAUGUCAGAGUCAAGCCUCCAUCUAGGUGUCUAUUUAGGCUUUUGAAUACAUACUGUAAAGGAUGUGAGACAUAUAUUUCUCUGAGAAUACAUUAUCUUUGUUAAACUAUUAAUAAUUCUUUUUCUGCUA